ACGUCCAGCAGCUGAUCGGUAAUCCAGAAGAAGUUUCCCCUCAGUUAGGGGGGAGCUCCACUUUGAAGCAGGAGACUCCACAACCACCCUGCAUUAAAAAGGAAGAGGAGGAACUCUGCAUCACUCAGGAGGGAGAGUGUCUUCUAGGACGAGAGGAAGCUGAUUACACCAAGUUUCCACUGAGUAUUCUCUCUGUGAAGACUGAAGAUGAUGAAGAGAAACCACAAGUAGACAACCUCUUAGCUCCACUAUCAGAUAGUGAGGCUGAAGACGAGGUUGAAGUAACUUUGAGCAGAGAUAAAGACUGUGAAGGUGAUAUGAGGACUCACACUGACAACAAACACUCUGAAUGCUCUACAAAGAAGAGAGGUAAAACAUGUUUGAGCUGCUCGGUUUGUGCUGAAAGUUUUACUAAAAAGAGCCGUUUGACUCGACACAUGAGAACACACACAGGUGAAAAACCAUUUAAGUGUUCAGUUUGUGGCAACAGCUUUUCUCAAAAUAACAAUUUGACUCAACACAUGAGAACACACACAGGUGAAAAACCAUUUAAUUGUUUAGUUUGUGGCAAAAGCUGUUCUGUUAAGAGUAAUUUGACUGAACACAUGAGAACACACACAGGUGAAAAACCCUUUAAUUGUUCAGUUUGUGGCGUAAGCUUUUCUCAAAAUAGUCAUUUGACUCAACACAUGAGAAUACACACAGGAGAAAGACCAUUUAAUUGUUCAGUUUGUGGCAAAAGUUUUUCUCAAAAUAGCUGUUUGACUCAACACAUGAGAACACACACAGGUGAAAAACCAUUUAAUUGUUCAGUUUGUGGCAAAAGCUUUUCUGUUAAGUGCAGUUUGAUUAAACACAUUAAAAUACACAGAGAUGAAAAACCAAAUAAGUGUUCAGUUUGUGGCAAAAGCUUUUCUGGUAAGAGAAUAUUGACUCGACACAUGAGAACACACACUGGACUAAGACCAUUUAAUUGUUCAGUUUGUGGUAAAAACUUUAAUCAAAACAGCUCUUUGUGUCGACACAUGAGAACACACACUGGAGAAAAAAACAUUUACUGCUUGGUUUGUGCUAAAAGUUUUACUAAAAAGAGCAGUUUGACUCACCACAUGAGAACACACACAGGUGAAAAACCCUUUAAUUGUUCAGUUUGUGGCAAAAGCUUUUCUCAAAAUAGCCAUUUGACUCAACACAUGAGAAAACACACAGGUGAAAAACCAUUUAAUUGUUCAGUUUGUGGCAUAGGUUUUUCUCGAAAUAGCGAUUUGACUCAACACAUGAGAACACACACAGGAGAAAAACCAUUUAAGUGUUCAGUUUGUGGCAACAGCUUUUCUCGAGAAAUCAAUUUGACUAAACACAUGAGAACACACACAGGUGAAAAACCAUUUAAUUGUUCAGUUUGUGGCAACAACUUUUCUCAAAAUAGCUCUUUGACUCAACACAUGAGAACACACACAGGAGAAAAAACAUUUAGUUGUUCCAUUUGUGGCAAGAGCUUUUCUCGAAGUAGCAUUUUGACUCAACACAUGACAACACACACAGGUGAAAAAACAUUUAACUGUUCAGUUUGUGACAAAAGCUUUUCUCAUAAAAGCUCUUUGACUCAACACAUGAGAACACACACAGGUGAAAAACCAUUUAAUUGUUCAGUUUGUGGCAACAGCUUUUCUCAAAAUGGCUCUUUGACUCAACACAUGAGAACACACACAGGAGAAAAAACAUUUAACUGUUCAGUUUGUGGCAAAAGCUUUCCUCAUAACAACUCUUUGUGUCGACACAUGAGAACACACGCUGGAGGAAAACCAUUUAGUUGUUCAGUGUGCUGUAAAAGGUUCACACAUAAUAUAGAUGCAGUAAAACACAUAAAAACACACAAGGGAAAAUAACCAAUUAGCUGUUUAGUUUGUGGUAUGUUGCUCAUAUGUGGCGACAUCCACCCUACCCAGGACCUCCUCACUGCUUCUUUCACAAAUAUCUGAGGUAUUCAUACAAACUUGGAUUAUUUGGAGCAUAAUCUUAUCCACUCAUGACCCCAUGUCUUCUCUGUGUCUGAAACCUUCCUGAACAGUAAGAUAGAUGAUGCUUCAAGUGCUUGGUUACUCCUUCUUCAGUCCAGGGACCUGGGGCCUCAUGUGUCAAGUUUGUGCAUGCUCCAAAACCUGCACUACACCCUUUUUCACUGCAAUGUUGUGAUGUAUCAAAACUGAUGUUGACGCAUAAGUGAUGCUGGGUAACAGUUCCCACAAUAAACC